AUGCCAGAAUUUGAAUUGGCAGAUUACAAAAUCCUAGAGAAGAUAGGGGAAGGUUCAUUCUCUGAAGUUUAUCAGAUAAGACAACGGCGCACCGGAUUGCAUUACGCGGCGAAAAAACUCAACAAAUUGUACAAAACCUCAGCUGAGGCCUUAGAAUGUUCCGAAAUCCAGGUCAUGAAAGUCUUAGAUUAUCACCCAAAUGUGGUCAGCUUUGUGGACAUUCUUCAUGAUGAAAUUAACGGUACAUUAACCCUCAUAAUGGAACUGAUGGACAUGAGCAUGUACGACUACAUCAAGAAUCGUAAAAGAUGUCUAUCGGAAAAACGUGUGAAGCGGUUUCUGUACCAAAUCGUCUGCGGGCUCAAUCAUCUGCAUCGAAAUGGAAUUUUCCACAGAGACAUCAAACCGGAAAAUAUACUUAUUAAGAUACCUCGUAAGCUCAAAGAAAAUGAAUUGGUCCAGCUGGCUGAUUUCGGUUCAAUCUGCCAUACCAGCGUUCAACCGCCUUAUUCUUCGUACAUAUCUACCCGGUGGUAUCGUUCACCGGAAUGUCUACUCACUUCCGGUUAUUACGGGCCAAAGAUGGACAUCUGGGCAGUGGGUUGCUGUUUCUACGAAAUGCUGACACUGAAUCCAUUGUUUCCCGGCGAAAACGAACUGGACCAGUUGCAUCUAAUUCACGAGAUUCUGGGCUCACCUUCACCGACCAUGCUGGCAAAGUUUCGAAAUUUAAACCAAUUGAACUAUGACUUUCCCAAGCGUAAAGCAACGGGCUUGCGCAGUAUGGUUCCUUUGCUCAGCCACUAUGGUGUCGAUGUGUUGAACCGCACGUUAACUUACGCACCGGAAACACGGAUAAGCGCUGCAAAACUUCUGCAACAUUUGUACUUCGAAGAUCAGUGCAAAACCAAAAGGACAUCACGCUUAUCUUCGUCGAUGCACAGCUUGGACGAAGUGGGUGAUGGUAUCAGCGUAAAUAACAGUCUCAAAUCAUCAUCCGGGCGACGAAAAGGUACCAAAGGGUCCAACGGUAGCACCGAAUCGCUUGAUCGAUCAAUUCGAAGCGGAUUCAAGGCUUAUCAUGGCUCAACAGCCAGUUCAAAGUGUAAACUUUCAGUAGAAAUGACUAAAAACAAAAACUUAGAACGAAUGUGGGGCAUGAAUCCAGGUCCUGGCAAGUCUCGUUUGGUUCAACAAAUUUAUACCGCCAGAAGUAGCGAGCCCACACGAAUUUGAAAGCAACUUUACUCUACGCAGGAUCUAUUUUUUUGCAAGUGACAAGUAACAAGUUCUAUAUUUUAUAUCUAAAAAAAUAUUUAUUCUUUUUUGCGUCUAACAACUGUGAAUCGUUUUGUUUCUUAGAAUUUACAUGGUAUAGUAGUAAAAUAACCCAAAUAGAAAAUUUAAUAACGAAUCAACAACUAAAAUCAAUACGGUUUUCCACGCUUAGCGCUGACUUAGUUGAAUGACGAGGUUAAUCCUUACGAUAAAACUGAUUUAAUCUAUAAUCAGGUACACGAUAUGGAUACAUACUAUACGUUAGACACAUCGAUUUGUGCACCAAAUUAUAGAUAAUUUCUACCGUUGAGCAAUGACCAGAGAAUGCUAAAACGAUUUUAAAAGGAUGAUCAAAUAAUAUUAACUUAUUACAAUUAAGCACGA